UUGUUUGUUGGUUCUCAAGAGUGUUGUGUGUCGUGUUUUGAUAUCACGGAAUCUGUCUAUGCGUUACCGUUAGCCGGUCAAAAAACUUUGUUGUAAUUAUUUGUGUUACGCCUCUUCUUCCCCACAUCACUAUCAAAUCAACCUUCCUUGGAGGCCGAAGCCAAAAAAUUCUCCAACGCACAUUGCCAUUAUCAACUAACUCCCUUUCCAAGCAUUUCGCAUUGAUGACAGCCCCAAACCAGGACCUGUAAUGUGUUGGAGCCUUUGCUGGUAGCUUUUACCUUGACUCAACCCACAGUAUGGACAUUAAAUGAAGUAUUGGACUGCACUUAACUCUAUUCAUGUUUUCCUAACUACAUUCGCAUUUGAAGAUAUCCACACAUUAUUAAAAUCCACAAAUAAUUUGGCAUCAACAACUCUAGAAUAUGACUGAAGUUGAUGUUUCUAUGCCGGAAGGUUCAGGUUUAUCAUCAGCGGCUAACCUACAACAUCCUGAGACACAUUCAAGUGGCAGCCACGAAAAUGGGAGUCUUACGAACACAGCAAACGAUAGCUCCAACACUAACACAACUCAGACCACUGGAGUCAAACUAAAUCAGAAUAGUGGCAAAGAUGAAAGCAUGGAAGUAGAUGGUGUUGACACGGAGGAAGACGAUUCACAGAUAACCUCUUCAACAGAAAAUGGAGAGGGGGGUAAUGCGGGAAACGACCGGGCCGAUCGUGACGAAAAUAGUAAUAACAGUAAACCAGAAAUACCUUCGAAGACCUCGGCCAACGUGAAUGAGGAUUCGUCAAAUGCCUGUGAAAGUAUAUCACAGAAUUGUGAUAGUGUAAAUAGUUCGGAUGCAGGAAAAACACAUUCUUCAAAUCAUGUUCGAGAUUCAGACAACGACACAAAUACCAAUGACAGUCAUCCCGUAUCAAAGACACAACACAGCGAAGAUGGCGAGGGCGCUAUUAGUGCAGAUGGGUCGGCUAAUCAUGUCGACGACACUUCCAAUGAUAAUUCCAACCACACAAAUCCCGAUCCCUUGGCUGUACCGAAUUCAAAACAAAGCCAGAAUGGGUCAGCGUCGGCGGAGGAGAAACAAUCUGAUGGUGUUGUAGAUUUGGGCGAUGAUUCAGAUGUUGAAAUGUCUGAAACCUCAAACAUCAAAGACUCGCAAAGCAAAGAGAAACCUCCACAAGCACAAGACUCAGAUGGUGCUGUUGUCAUCGGUUCUGAUUCAGAAAACGAAAGUGAAAAACCGGCUAAUACAUCCACAGCUGCUACGGCGCUUCCUUCUAAGCCAUCUGAGGCAGCACCGAAGGCACCCGCAGUAGUUGAAGACGAUGACGACGAUGAUGAUUGUGUGGUAAUAGAAGACGAUAGUCCGCCGCCAGCACCGAAUGAUCUCUCGAAACGUAAGCUGGAUGCUACUGGUGGCCAGGACGAUUUAUCUCAGCCUCCCAACAAACGGCAACGUAACAGUCUAACACCAACUCAAGGUCAGUUGAGUAUAAAAGACGCUCGGUCCUUGAUGGGACCGGCGGCGGAUACAACAACUAAAAACGCAAUUGUAUAUCCUGUAAAUAUAACACCCGCCUCCCCUGUAACUGGGCCACCAAAACUUGUACCCGUUGGAGCACCCAUUGCGGCAGCAUCUGGUGCGACAGCUUCGUCUAUACCAGGUUUGCCGGUUAUGCCCGGCAUGAAUAACACAACCAAUGCCAAUUGUUUGCCCGGCCUGACUGACGAUAUGUUUGUUUUAGAGGCCCCCUCGUUCAUAGUUCCGUAUAUCUAUGAGAAACCUCCCUCUGACCAAAUAAAAAAUGUCGUCAAAGAGUUGGAAGACAAAUUUGCCUUUACAAAAGAAGACUUGGCAGGAGUUGACAAAACAGAUGAGUUCGACAUGAUGACCGAGCAGAACAAGGAAGAUCGGGAAGAAAAAAGUGCCAAAAAGAAGAAACGAGGGCAAGGUGAUGAUGACUCAUGGUCUGAGGAAGAGGAAGAUUCGGAGGAGGACGACGAUGACGACUCUGAGUCGGGCGUACGUACAAAAGUCCUAAUAAAGGAAGCGUCAGAUGACAUAUCCGCCCUAAAAGGAGCUAUAAAACCGGCGGCUGCGGUGGCAGCAACAGGCACCAAUUCAAGUGUACCUGCUAAACCUGGCCAGGAGAACUACUUCGAGAGUCCUCUGGGUAAAUUUUUCAUGGACAUUGGUGUCGGUUUAGUUCAAGAAUAUGUACAGAACGACCUAAUACGUCUGCAGAAGCGAAAAAUGCGCAAGAGUCUGGGUCGCAAUACGGGUGAAUUCGAAAAGGCAAUUGCCGCACUCACAGCUAACAUGGAGGCCUCAAAGAAAAAGAACGCUCCAUUCAAGUUCAAUAUGAAACGCUGUGAAUUCUGUAACUUCAAAUCGGAAUCCGCACUUGCCAUGGCAAACCAUUACGAGACGCCUCAUAUGAAUGGAGCCAUGUACAAGUGUAACUUCUGUAUUUUCGAAAUACGUAAUGCCACAGAAAUUGUUUACCACAUGGAAGCUGUUCACAACAUCAAGGCUCGUCUCAUCAAACCCUUGCCCUAUCAUCAAUGUCCUAAUUGUGGAUUCGAAGACAACGGCAAAGCGAAACUGGCCCGCCAUCAGCCCGUGUGUGCAAAGAAAUUCCGACCUGAAAUCAAUUUGGCUCCACCAAACGAUUGGGAAGCGCCUGCUAAAAUUCCCCGCAUUAAGCCAAGACAUGGACUGGUUGGAACUGCCACGGCUUACCAAGCUAUGGCUGCACAGGCUGCAGCUCAAAAAGCAGCCUUGGCUACUAUACAACAACAGCAGCAGGCUAGAAAUAUGCAAGCAGCAGCACUGGCAGCCCAGACUGCUGCAGCCAACAAGCUUAGAGGACGUUCUCCACAAAUGCCCGUGGGCAAUAAAAACAUGCCACCAUCAACGGGAGCUAUGAUUCGUGCCGCCAAUCAAGUUCGAAAUCCUGCAGCUACAAAUGUUGUUUUGCCCAACAACUAUCAGCUAGGAAAUAUUACAGGACAAAUUCUAGCUGGCAACGCAGCAUCGUCGAAAAAGCAGCUCAGCACGGGUCAACCUAGCAUUUCCAUAACGCCACUACCUCGUCAAACAGCUGGUGCGACAUCCCAGUCGCCAACUACCAGUAAGGUACCACCACCUGGUAUGAAACCGGGCCAGAAUCCGGCUGGUGGUAAGGCUCAAUUUGUUAUAUGCGAGAUAUGUGAUGGAUAUAUCAAGGAUUUAGAACAAUUGCGUAAUCACAUGCAGUGGAUGCACAAAGUCAAAAUUCACCCCAAGAUGAUUUACAAUAGACCCCCACUAAAUUGCCAAAAGUGUCAGUUCAGAUUCUUCACAGACCAGGGUUUAGAACGCCACUUGUUGGGCUCUCAUGGUUUGGUGACAAGCUCUAUGCAAGAGGCCGCUAAUAAGGGCAAGGACGCAGGAAGAUGUCCUGUUUGCGGUAGAAUGUAUCAAUGGAAGCUAUUAAACCACGUGUCACGAGACCAUCACAUGACUCUGAAACCAGCACAUUUAUCCUACAAAUGUACCGUUUGUACGGCCACGUUUGGCAUGUACAAGCAGUUCGAGACGCAUGUCUAUACUGCACACAGUACCGUGGCCAAAAAGGCUAUGGAUGGCAAAAAGAACUCACCAGCUACAAAUUCAUCGGCAGGUGUUAGCGGGCGUAAUAGUUUAUCAGCAGCAAAUGAUUCACUUUUGAAACCAUUAAAAAUAAAUGAUGAAAUCACAAUUAUACCACAACCUGCAUCAAAAUCGCGCAUUUCAAACAUGGAUACUCAUGUUAUUGAUUAAAUGUCUCUAUUAAAAUAUGGUCAAGAAAAAGAUAUACACACCGAAAAUGUGUUGGCGACGUAGCAGCCUGUAUGACUUUGUUCAAUGCUAGACUUGGACCGCAGCACACUAUACUUUAGAGAAUCAACUGGAAAUCUGGUUUUAUGUUUAAACAAUAGUUUUAACAAGUCCAUGCAAAAGUGCUGGGACAUUCAACGAUUAGAGAGGCUGCUGUGUAAAAUAUUUAUAAAUAAUUACAGAAUUUUUCUGGCCCAUAGUCAACCCAAAAUGACAUAAACCCGACAAACAUAUUUGUUGGUAUUUCCUCCUAUUCUCCAUUGACUUAAUUUUUGUCUCAUUGCCAAUAUUAACACCCUACCGGAUCUUUUGUUUCUACUUAACUUUCCAUUUUUAUUUACAUUCUAUUUAAGCACAUGCUACUACAAUAAUAAUGAAUUUCAGAUUCGAAACCCACCCUUUGUUUCUCUUUUUCUUUGCCAUUUUCUUUUAAUUGGAGCGGAGGAGAAAUGAACAACAAACAAACACAGUAAUUACAAAUUUCAAACAUAAAAAAGUUACAAAACCACAAGUGGUACUUGUAUAUUAGUUAAAUACCUAAUAAGCAUAGAACAGUAGACUAUAUAAGCAACAAACUAAAAUGGCAAAUAAAACAAUAAACUCAACAAAAUUGCAUAUAUUGGAUAAAAGAAAAACAAGCGUUUGAUUAAGUAUCGUGCAUUUGGUUAGCGAAACAUAUUCGGAACAAGCAACACAAAAAGCCACACCCACUCUUCUGCAUCUUCAAAAUGUAUUAUCAUAUGAGAAUGCACGUAUCCUCUUCUAAUUUGUAAUCAAUUAUGAAUAUUACAUAUAAAUAUAUAAAAAAAAACUGAGAGAUAGUAUACAUACAUAUAUAUAUCUAUAUACGAAUGAUAAGAGACAAUUCUUUGAAAAUGUGAAACAAAACAUCUUUAGAAUAUUCAUAAAGAAACAAAAAUAACACAUUUAAGUAAAAAUAUAAGGUAUACACACUAAAGGUAAACAAUUUAUAAUUAUAUUACACAUAAUUUAUAUUAUUUUUAAUUUUGAGUAAAUAAAUGAAAAAAAAACUUCUUAUUAAUACUAUAAAUAAUAUAAUAAAUGCAAACAUUUUAAAACUUA